AUGGCCACCCCCACGACCGAGGUGAUCCCCUCACCUGAGAUCUCGCCGACGAGUCCAAUAUCCUCAACGGGUCAAAUUCCACUAGAACAACCCCCCAAACUCAAGGGUCGCCAGAAAUUACUGCAGAGCCUCCAGCGCAUGUCAUCCAGCCCAACAUUGCCCCGCCGCGGGCGAUCUGCGUCUACCGGUUAUCGGCGGGACCACAAGGCGUCCUUAUCGUGUGUCUCGUUAUCGUCCGCAUACUCGCCCUGCGUGGGGAAUGGAAGCUCAUCUCAGCUUUAUGGAGGCUUGAAUCCCCGACCGGCGACUCCGGGCUGCUCCGGUUCGCCGUUCGAGUAUCCGGACCUUGAUAAUGCUCGCAUCCGCGUCGUGGGUACUGAGUCACCCCACGCGCAGCCGCGUACCGUGCCGUUGCCGUUCGAUGUACGACCGGCUUCGCGUGGCUCGCCUCCACCAGGGGUGGUUGAAGAAAUCGCGUUGCCGGAACCCGAGCCAGAGCGGACGCUGGAUUUCUGGGCUGACAUGCCGCAGGAGUUGAAAGUGGAAAUAUUUCGUUAUUUAACACCACAGGAGAUCGUCCGUUGCUCGUCGGUCUCCAAGAUGUGGCAUGACAUGUGCUAUGAUGGUCAGUUGUGGUCCAAGGUCGAUACUACUGAUUAUUAUCAGAAGAUCCCCAGCGAUGUUCUGGUGAAACUCAUGACCUGCGGUGGACCCUUUGUGCGCGACCUCAACCUCAGAGGCUGUAUUCAGCUACGUGAGAAAUGGUCCUCGGAUGGGGAGCGCAUCUCUGACUUGUGCCGGAAUGUUGUCACAUUUUCGCUCGAGGGAAGCAAAAUUGACAAGACCUCCAUGCACUACUUUUUGCUGCGUAACGCUCGCUUGGAAUACAUUAAUCUUUCAGGCCUUAAAAGCGUGACGAACUCAUCAAUGAAAAUCAUUGCGCAGUCUUGUCCUCGGCUUGAAGUUUUGAAUAUUUCUUGGUGUCAGCAGGUCGAAUCCAAGGGUCUUCGCAGAGUGAUCCAGUCUUGUGUCCAAUUGAAGGAUCUUCGCGCCAGUGAAAUACCGGCGUUUGACGAUGAAGAAUUUGCCAAUGAGCUGUUCGAGCGCAAUACUCUUGAACGACUAGCUAUCAGCCGCACCAAUCUUACUGACGAGGCUCUCAAGAUUUUGAUGCAUGGUGUGAACCCGGAUGUAGACGUGCUGACCGAUCGUCCUAUUGUGCCACCUCGACGAUUCCGACACCUUGAUUUGCAUCACUGCUCGGCUUUGACUGAUGACGGAUUGAAAAGCCUUGCAUUCAAUGUUCCAGAUCUGGAAGGCCUGCAGGUCUCACAAUGCCCAGAGCUGACUGAUGCAUCGAUUAUCGAUGUCAUUCGGACUACGCCACGACUUUCCCAUCUUGAAUUGGAAGAUCUGGACAAACUGACUAACAAUUCCCUCGUUGAAUUGGCCAAGUCACCAUGCGCUCAGUACCUCGAGCACUUGAACAUCAGCUAUUGUGAAAACCUUGGUGACACCGGAAUGCUCCAAGUGAUGAAGAAGUGCCUUAAACUGCGGUCUGUGGAGAUGGAUAACACUCGUGUCUCUGAUCUCACGUUGAUGGAAGCGAGCUUCCGUGUCCGCCGACGAGGCUAUGGCGAUGAGCUCCCUCAAGUCGGACUUCGCCUGGUCGUUUUCGACUGCGCCAAUGUCACCUGGGCGGGCGUCAAGGAAGUCCUCUCUAGCAACGCAUACAUUCCUCGCGCCCGCAAACCAGUGUCGGCGGUUGUGACGGUGACUCAAACAUCGGACGCAGGUUCGUCCCCGAUCACCUCAACUUACGUUACCCCAACUUCAACGCCGUCUCCUUCGCCCACCUACCCGAGCGACAUCAUCCAGCUCAAGUGCUUCUAUGUAUGGCAGAUGACGGUUGACGAGCAUACGAAACGGGUUCUGCGUGGUGACCUGUCUGCUGCCAGUCGACUGGAUCGCAAGUGGGCAGACUACAUGAUGGCCACCGAAGAAGCCGGUGCCGCUGGUGCUGGAGCUCGACGUAGAAGACGUCGGGCCCGUGAGGCAGAACGACUUUACAAUGCCGAUGAAGAUGAGGAAGAUACAUUCGGCGUUGGUGGUGUUAGCGGCUCAGGCCGACGACGGCGUGCUCAGAGCGGCGGUGGCUGUGCAUUGAUGUAA